AUGGCAUCCAACGCACCAAGCGCUUGCUGCACCGUCGGAGUGAAACACGAGGGCGAGGCCAAGGGCCAGUUCCAGCAGAUCGGCGAUGUGGAGGCCUAUGUUUCCCAUCCCGCGGACCGCUCCACUAAGCGUGCCAUUCUCUUCCUGACCGAUGUGAUCGGUCACCGCUUCAUCAACCCCCAACUGAUUGCGGACCAACUGGCGGCCAAUGGCUACUUCGUCGUCAUGCCAGAUCUUUUCCACGGCGAUCCGGUGCCGCUGAACCGCCCAGCCGGGUUCGAUCUGAUGGCCUGGAAGAAAGGACCCCCGGGACACCUGCCUAACCGCGUUGAACCCGUGGUGCAGGCCGUGCUGAAAGAAAUGAGAACCAACAUGGGCUGCGAACGAGUGGGCGCCGCUGGAUAUUGCUUUGGGGCUAAAUACGCUAUCCGACUACUUCAGCCCGGUUUCUUCGAUGCCGCCUACGUGGCUCAUCCUAGUUUUGUCGAGGCCGAGGAACUAGAGGCAAUCAAGGGUCCGCUGUCCAUUGCGGCAGCCGAGAUCGAUUCGAUUUUUCCCGCUCCAAAACGCCACGAGUCUGAAGAAAUCCUUGCCAAAAUAGGUCAACCGUAUCAGAUCAAUCUCUUCAGCGGCGUAGAGCAUGGCUUCGCGGUCCGUGCAGACAUUUCCAAGCCCACAAACCGAUUCGCCAAAGAAUCUGCAUUCCUCCAGGCAGUGGCAUGGUUCAAUCAGUACCUCUAA